GUAAAACAGUCUGGUUCUCCGUGACAGCUCAGACAAUAUGCUUGAGAUACACACAGAAGGAGCAAAUACCCAAGAGUUUGCACACACACUCAUGGUUGAGAUGGUCCACUGAAAGCUAACCCCUGGUGGACACUGAAUACAACUGCAGAACAAAAAUGAACAAGCUUGCAAAGGCUCUGUAUGACAACACUGCAGAGUGUGCAGAUGAGCUGGCCUUCAGAAAAGGGGAUAUCAUCACAGUGAUGGAUCAGAACGUGGCUGGCACAAGUGGAUGGUGGAUGUGUUCUCUUUAUGGACGGCAAGGCUUGGCCCCUGCAAACAGACUGCAGCUUUUACCACAAAAAACUGGACCCGUUGUAGGCUCCUUAAGCUAUGUCACAGAAAACCCCACAUUAAUUGAUGAUAAAAAUAAUAACAGUGCCCAAAAUAUCUAUCAGAUCCCAAGUGUUCCCCGAGCCUCCAGCAGUCAAGCUUAUGAAUGCAUGGACAUAAUCUACACGGUUCCGUCCUCUCCUCUAUCAGCUUCAAAAAGCCCAUCAGCACUUAAGCACAGCACAGAAGGACAUGAGCCUUCAUUCUCAAGCAUGGCGUCCAGUCCAAAAGGGGAGGUUUACGAUGUCCCAAGCCAAUCAAGAAGAGCUUCUCUUUUCACUGUUCCAGCUACUCCAAGACACAUGCCACGAAAAUACUCACUCCUUCCAAAUUCUGAGCUGGAGAAAAGUUUUGACUCACUGGAGAGUUUAAGGUGUAGCAGUCCAGGAGACUCUUAUGUGUAUGCAGUUCCACCACCUUUGCACCUGGACCCAAACUAUGACAUACCCGUUCCCUCUGCCACAACAGAAGAGGCCCAACAGAAAAUCAUCAGUGGAUACAGCACCCUUCUCAACCCAAAGAAGCCUGAGUGGAUUUAUGAUGUGCCAGUGGGUCCUGAGAAACAAAGUCCACCCAAAGGCCCCUAUGAUACCAUGCCCUCCAAAGCUGUUUGUAGGCAGCUUUAUGACACUCUUCCAGCACAUGCUUGGAACAUUCAAAGAAGCAGUCCAACUGCCUCCUUAUAUGAUGUACCAAAAUCCAAUUCUUUUGACUUUCAAAGUCCACCCAAAGUGUUGCCAAGAGUCCCAAUUUCUGAAAAGCCGCCUACACAGAGGCUUACAGAAGAGUUAGGUCAUGCAGUUCCACCUCAGGAAGAAACCCUCAACCAAGUUCACAGUGAUCCCCCUACAGAUCAUAUACCCCUUGAGUGCAGGGGCGAAUCAAGCAACACUCAUGAACUCAAAAGGGUGCGUCUUCAGAGAAUGAGAAACUUCCUGGCCUGUACAUCUUUCCAUGAUCUUCAAGGAAACAGGGAAUCACUGGUGCAUGACGAUGAAGAGCGCAGUAGAACCUUACGUCUCUCUGCAGCAGACAGUCAAAGGAUCAGCACGGCCUCUAGCUCCUCCACCAGCUCCUGUGACUCUCUGGCUCUCAGCUCGUCUUCUCCUGAGCCUCUGCGAGAAGUGACACUCAGCCAGGAGGAGGCCUGCCGCAGACUUCUGGACCUGCAGGAGUCUAUUUGCAGGGCUGUGCCCUGUCUCAUGGACUUUGUCAGCAGUCACUGGAGGAGCAAAGUGCAUCUGGAGAAACACCUGAAAGAGAUCAAAGAAGCAGCGCAAGAGAUUACACGUUCCGUGACACUCUUCCUGAACUUUGCCCUUGACAUUAAGGGCAAUGCCUGCCGUUUGACCGAUGCCAACCUUCAGACAAGGCUCUAUAAACAGCUGUCCAUUGUAGAAGACUCAGGCGUGAUCCUCCAACAAACUGUAAGUGCUCUGAACAUGGCUGGAUGGUCUCUCAACACACUCUGUCAGGACCUGGGGCAGGUCCAGACACCUGACCAACUGGAGCGCUUCGUUAUGGUGGCACGCACUGUUCCAGAGGACGUCAAGCGCCUGGUGUCUAUCAUCAACGCCAAUGGCAAGCUUCUUUUCAGAGCCCCUCAGAAAGAUCCAGAACCUAUUAACACUACAGGUCAACCAAGUGAACAAGGAGGGGGCUUAGUGGAUGAUGAAAACGACUAUGUAGAGUUACAGACUAAGAUUGACUUUGAAAAGCAGCAGAAGGAAGUGCAAAAGGAACCAAAACAAAAUAUCCCACCAGUCUCUAACAAGGCACAGGCUGAUAACACUGAGUCUGGCAGUGGCACGGAAGAACAUCGACCAUCCACCCUAUCUGAGCAUUGCCGACUUUACUUUGGUGCUCUCCAGAAGGCCAUUGGGGGAUUUGUGGAAAGUCUCCGAGAUGGCCAGCCACCAGAAAAAUUCAUCUCGCAAAGUAAGCUGGUAAUCAUGGUUGGCCAGAGACUGGUGGACACUAUGUGCAGGGAGGCACAACGUGGAGGUUCCAGCCAGAGCCUUCUGUGCAAGAGUAACCACCUGUGUGCUCUCCUGAAGCAGCUAGCUGUGGCCACAAAGAGGGCAGCAUUGCACUUCCCAGAUAAGAAGGCUCUGCACGAGGCCCAAGAGUUUGCAAAAGAGCUGGCCCAAAGAGCACAACAUUUUCGAAUAUCUCUUGACCUCUGAGAGAGCACAUAUCAAGAAUAUUCAUUUGUUUAUCCAGCAAAAGACACUGCUUUAUUCUUUAGUCAAAAAUUGGUUUCUUUUUUCAGCCAUUUCCUAUUUGACCAUGUUCAGGCUCCACUAGCCAAAACUUCAUUGCUUGAGAAGUUCAGAAUGUUGCUAUCACAAUGAAAAUUGUUAAUAAUGGAGGAGCAGAAAAUAUGAAGUUGUAUCUGUACUAAAGCAACAAACUUUAACAGUUUGGAAAUAAAUUGCACAGGAUAAUGUACUCAAGCUUAUUUGAAAAUAUAAUUUUAGAUAUAAAGAAUGAGAUAUAAUUUGUUUUUAGAAUUUUGAAUAAUUUUAUAUUCUUCAAAUACUAUUUGUUAUGUGGAUGUUUAUGUAUUUUAUUACUUUAUUGUGUAAGAUGUAUAUGCUCCAGGGUAGUAGUUUGAUUGUCUACUUUUUGUGAAUAUGUAAAUAAUCUAAAACAUGUUUUGCAUUCCCAAACUUUUCUAGACAAAAGACUACGGCACAUAUUGAUUUUUAUUGAUAUUAAAAUUGGAAAA